AUGCGAGGUUACAAGGACGAUGCCAUUAAAAGGCGCAGAGGAGGAACCUCGUAUUUUUCGAGAGUGAUAUCAUUGUCCAUUAAUUUGCAGCGGCAAGUGGAGGAACUUGAAAGUCGGCAGGAUGAAGUUCAACGACUCAGUUCAUCCGCAGCAACUCUCUUGUCGUCUCAUCUGGAUUCUUACAUUCAGUCGCAACUGCGGCAUUUGCAAUCCCGAUAUCAGGUUCAAGUGAACCUGGCGAAAGACACUUCGCAGAAGGUGACUGCCAUCUAUCAGCAUCACAAGCAGAUGGAAGACAAUCGGGCUGCUGGAAUGACUUGGAUAGAUGCUGCUAAAGCCGUUAUCCGGGACGGAGAGGGUCUCAGUUCUUCCAGUCGCAAAGAAGACCUGCUGCAGCAUCUUCAAGAUAUUCAAAAAAUGAUCAAGAAUCAAGAUGAAGGAGCCAGUCUGGUUCAUGCUGCUGUCAACUGGGGAGAAAAAGCAAUCAUGUCCACAAGGUCCGAUGGCAAAGAUGCCAUUUCGAUUAGAUGUUCCGAAUUACAAUCUGAAUGGGAAAGAUUAAUUAGGAAACUGUCCGAUGCUAAGGUUCAAGUUGAGACUGCUUUGUUGCAAUGGGCUGAUUAUACUUCUUCAUUCUCUCAAUUGGAGAAGUGGAUUUCCGAGAAGGAAACAACACUAGAAAAACUUUCAAAGAAAAAGGUGCACUUCGCCAAGAAGGGUCCCCAAACAACUCAUGGACUCGGAUCCCUUUCAUCCAGCAUUGGUGAACGAAGAGCAUCUCUGAGACGCUGUAACAGCUUUUUGCAAGAUAUUGCUUCAUUCGCACCCAUGAUCGAAUCGGUUGCUUGUAAAGCCAGUGAUGUUAAAUCCGGGAAAAAUGCUGCAUCGGAAAUUUCCUCGAAAUACGAAACCUUGAGUCAGCAAGCUCAAAAAAUAUACGAACGUCAAAAAGAAACCAUUGAAUUCGAGCAGAAAUUCAUCGAUGCUGCGAACAACUUCUUGAACUGGCUGAAAAUUUCUCGGGAGAAACUUACGAAAUGUGCCGAACCGAUUGGGGACAAAGAAUCAUUGAGUACCAAAAUCGCAUUGCUGAAAGUUUUAGACGUGGAUAAGGCAGACGGACAAAAACUUCUUGAGCUACCCUUAAGAUUGGCAGAAGGUGCUAUUAAAGUGAUAGAAGUUGAAGACGACCGAGAAGCCCUGGAGCAAGAAGUUGCUAUUUUGCAAGACGAAUUUGAUCAUCACUGUGCGGAGUUGGCGAAAACCAAAACCGUAUUAGAAAUUGGUUUGUCGAAGUGGGGAGAAUAUGAAGAUCAGCACAAGGAAUGCUGCUCAUGGUUGACCAAAACAGAAGCGCAGGUUCAAUCGUACAACGGACAUGUUGAUACACUAGAGGAAAAGCGAAAAGUUCUGGAAGAAUUCCAGAAUCAUCUGGAAUCAAUUUUUGAUUGGCAAAAAGAACUUGACGUCCUCAACAACCAGGCACAAACGUUACUGGAAACUUGUGCUGAUUCGAGAAUCUCGAAUGCCGUUACUCAGCUAACCACAAAAUACAACACGCUUCUUUCUAUGGCUAAAGAAGUCAUGCGACGGUUGGAAAUGCAUUAUCAGGAACACCAGCAACACCAAGCAAUGUUUUCGGAGUGCGAAGAAUGGCUGGAAGCUGCCCAGGAUAAGCUAAAAUCUGCUCAAACACCUCCUGCUUCUGAAACUGACGUCUUGAUAAGUGAUUCUGAUCUCCAGGAUCGUUUGGGAAUUCUACAGGAGCUCAAAGAUUCCAUGGAACAAGGCCAGCACAAACUCCGGUAUGUGUUGGAGCUUAAAGAACGAGUGAUCAUCAACACCAAAGAAAAAGGGGCGAACAAAAUCAUAGAAGGAACUGAGGGCCUCAAAACCGAGUUCGAUAAGCUUUUCAUGGACAUGCAAGAAGCUCGACAAAACAUCAAUUCAAGACUUGGUCAACUGCAAGAAAAAGCCAAGGUCGUGAAAGCGUUUAUGGAAUGGCUCCAAGAGAUCGAGGCAAAGGCUAACGCCGAACCCAGUUCAAAGAGCAGUGAGAUCAGCGAACGUCGCUCAUUCCUAGAGAAAUACAGAACCUUGAAGCGUGAGAUGGAAGGCAGAGCCGAUGCUCUGUCCAAGAUCAUUGCGAUGCGAAGUGAUGAUGGCAAAGAUUCGGCUGACGAAGAGCUAAAGGCCUGCGUGCAAAAGCACGAUGACAUCAAGAGUGUCAUAAACAGCCAGAUUGAGGUGCUCGAAGGGGAAGUGAAAAAUCAUGAAGCCUAUUGGGCAGCGUGCUCAGAAGCUUGUGAUUGGUUGCGGAAAGCUCGAGUUGAUAUUCAACAAGCUGGCGAUUGCCAUGGACCUAAAGCCUCUGCCGAAGAACGCAAGGAAAAAGUCAAUGAGAUUUCAGUUUCUCUCCCUGAAGGCGAGAAACUGGUAAAAGCUGCUGCAGAACGCAGUGCUCCGGUCAUGAUGUCCAGCAAUGACGAAGGGGUCGAAAGUAUCAAAAGUGAAGUUGAGCACUUGAAGCAUGAAUGGGACUCCAUCUACAAUAUGGUGGACGAUGCCAAACGAAAUCUCAGCAAGUGUUUGCAAGCCUGGAGUGACUUUGACAAGUCCUACUCGGCUUGCGAAGGCUGGUUGAAGACUCUUAGGUCCGACCUCGAAAAAGCUGGACUGGGUUUCGUCACCUUGGAUGAGCCUUUACCUCGUCCUGCGCACCAUGAUAUUGUUUGUAAAGCGAAGGAAUUCUUGGAAGAAAUUCAGUUGAAGAAAGGGACCGUGGAAGAGCUGAGUGACAAGUGUGAGAUUCUCAUGGAAUAUUCAGCACAAAAUUACGUCAGGGACCAAACUGUUCAACUCCAAGGACAGUUCACCCAAUUGCUAUCAAAACUUCAGAGUCAAGUUAGCAAAGCGGAGAAGCAAUUGAGCGACGUUAAUGAGUACAAUCGGUCUAAACAAGAUAUGGAAAAGUGGUUGGAUCGAGCAAAAGGAACCGUUGAUGAUUGCUCGUCGUGUGUUGGAUCUGAAGCUGAUGUCCAAGACCGACUCGAAACUUUGAGGAUUUUGUCAACUAAGUUGACCGAAGGACAGUAUCUCCUGAAUAACGUUUUGGAGACUCUGAACAGAGCGUCAAUGGCGGCAAGUCCGCAGUCGGAAGCCUUAAUGAAGCAAGAAGUUGAAGAGCUGCGAAGU